AUGGUAGUUGCAGAACAAUAUUUGACCGAGUUGGCUAGUAGGUCCAUGGUUAAUGUUGAACUCAACAAGUCUGCCAUACUCGGAUUGAAGUACGAGCAUUGCCUUCUUCAUGACCUUAUGAGAGAACUAUACUUAAUGAACUGCUCAGAAGAAGAUUAUGUCAAGGUUGUGGACUUUCAAGGUGGAAGGCAACCGGUGUUAGAACGUUGUCCUGUCAUUAUGGAUGACAUCACCACUACCAACACAUAUAGACUGGCUAUCCAUACAGAUGGAAACUUUAAAGGUGACGUUAUAGGAAAAAUUACAGAACGACUCUCACCACGACUACGUCCAUUACUUUUAUCGAUACGAGUCAAGGUGAAAAUUGUUCGUUGUAAGAUGGAUAAGUUGCCAUUACAAGUACUUAACUUGCCAUUUUUACAGAGCCUAAAUCUUCAAGGGUCUGUUUGGACGAAUCCUACAAAAAUACCAAAGCUAGAUAUAGCGUGGAAAGCCAAAAGAUUGAGGCAUCUCUUCUUUCCUAAUAAUGGUGCGAAAAUGGUUGAUCAAGGAAAAUUUAGAUUAUGUGGAUUAGUUCAGCUGGAGGAAAUAAUUGAUUUUGACACCAGUACAAUGGAAGGGCAUGUGGUGCUUGGUAUCUGUAACUGUAAUUUUACUGAAAAUGAAAGCGGGACCAACUCUAAUCUUGUAAGGAAGGUUUUCAACCGUCGCCACCUUAUUGGCUUGGCGAUUGAAAGGAGCCUAGGCAACAAAUUACCCAGGUACGAAACAAAUUUUGCUUCGAGUUUGAGACAUUUGGCACUAUAUGGAUCUGAAAUAGUAGAAGACCCCAUGAAAAUUUUGGAGAAUCUCCCCAAUUUAAGAGAACUUCAACUGCUGAUGAAUUCCUUUAUGGGCAAAGAAAUGGAUUGCCACAACAUGGGGUUUCUUAGUCUCACUGAUCUUUCCCUCAAAGGACUGCACAGUUUAGAGAAGUGA